AUGGCUCUCCACGCAGCACCUCCUCCACCCACCAAGCUUGGUGUCCUCCGAGUGCUCUCUCCCAAUGCAGGUGUACACGUCUCGCCGUUUUGUUUCGGAGGGAACAGCAUUGGAGACCAACAGAAUGGCACAUUCCGGGAUUCUUUGAGUAAAGAGUCGAACUUCAAGCUCCUUGAUAAUUAUUUCGAUAUGGGAGGAAACUUCAUCGACACGUCAAACAAUUAUCAAGACGAAAGUUCUGAGCGUUUUAUUGGGGAGUGGAUGGAGCAGCGAGGGAUACGAGAUCAGAUCGUUCUUGCGACGAAGUACACUACGAACUUCAAGCGCGGUAACAACUCGAUUGCCCAAAAGGCAAACUACACGGGAAAUAACCUCAAGUCAAUGCACAUCAGCGUGGAGGCCAGCUUGAAGAAACUUCGCACGUCUUAUAUCGAUUUGCUCUAUGUGCAUUGGUGGGAUUACGAUACCUCGGUAAAAGAGGUCAUGGACGGACUGCAUUCUCUUGUGAUGCAAGGAAAGGUUCUCUACCUAGGAUUAUCUGACAGUCCUGCUUGGGUUGCUGCUCAAGCCAACGAGUACGCUCGGUGCACUGGUAAAACCCCAUUUGUUGUCUACCAAGGGUUUUGGAAUAUCCUUGACCGCUCUUUCGAGCGGGAAAUCAUCCCCAUGGCUCGUUCUCAAGGCCUAGCUUUAGCCCCAUGGGGCGUCCUAGCCCAAGGAAAACUCCGCACCGAUGCGGAAGAACAACGACGAAAGGAAAGCGGAGAGAAUGGACGCACUAUGAUUCCAGGCCAACAAUGGGAAAGGAACGAGUCAGAGAUAAAAAUAUCUCAUGCUUUGGAGAAAGUUGCCGGCGAGCUUGGAUUGGGAAGUAACAUCAGUGCUGUUGCUAUUGCGUAUAUAAUGCAGAAAGCGCCUUAUGUCUUCCCGGUCAUUGGAGGAAGAAAGAUCGAGCAAUUUCAAGAAAAUCUCAAAGCGCUGGACAUUUGGCUUAGUGAGGAACAGGUUCAGUUUUUAGAGGGUGUCAUUCCCUUUAACCCAGGAUUCCCUCACAACAUGUUGGGAGACGGAACGAAACCAUUCUUUGCGAUGUUGAGCGCAAUGUCAUACAAAAAGGUCCAAGUUCAGGCCAUCAAGCCUACGGAUUAA